GCCAGCUGUCCAGGCGGGAUAGAUACUCGAUACUGUAUGAAGCUGAACAAGAACUCGGAGCUACACUAGCUACCUACCUACUUACUUACUGAAUACUACAAGGCUUAUUAUAAUACCCAAAGUUAGCAAGGGGCUAAAGAUCAUGAAUUAAACCGACAUGGCAUUUUGCAUCGCGACGCCCUCAAGAUGGCUAGCAAUAGGAAUUUCAUGAGUUUUCGCGACGACGAGGCGGCAGAGUCGUCAUCAUCAUCGCGGUCGCCCGUCGAAUCCCGACAACCUACCGUUCGCGACGAGCCCGACCUUGAUUUCGACUUCGACCAAGAUGAUCCCAACGAUGCAGCCCGCCAUGUGUUGGGGGAUGAUCCCCUGAAUGGUGACAUCGCCGAUGUCCCCAUGUCUUUCAAGCGCAAGCAGAAACCAUCGAUAUUCUCCCAGCCUGGUCGCAUGCUAUCUGCCUUGACAGGCAACCGUUUCGGGUCGCGCGCUUCGGCCUCAGGCCACUCAUCGACUGGUACAGAAACGCCUACAUUACUCCAAGAUAUUGAUUCUAGGCACCGCGAAGAUGAGGCCUUCGUCCCGGGCAACGCACCAAAGGACGGCAUGCCUCUAGAUUGGUAUGCCGAGGGGCCGGGAAGGAGAGUAGGCUACGAGGAUCUGACGGCUAUCGAUUGGAUAUUUGAACACACCAAAGAGCGGCAGCGCCUUCGUGUCCUCUACUCGAGCGCGACUGGAUUGAUAGGAUACAUACAGCGGUUGGCAGACUCCAGCCAGGUAUGGAUUGUUCUCGUCUUGACUGGUUUGGCCGUAGGCACUAUAGCGGCGGGAAUCGAUGUCGUGUCGGAGUGGCUUGGCGAUCUCAAGACUGGCUACUGUGCUUCCGGACCUGACGGCGGCGCGUUCUAUCUCAACAAACAGUUUUGCUGUCUGGGCUACGAUAAAGGCGCUCAAUGCAUGGGUUGGAAGCCGUGGGCUGCUGCCCUCGGCAUAGGAACGGUGGCUGGGAAGUGGUUCAUAGAAUACUUUUUCUUCUUGUUAUUCUCAAUUACAUUUGCUCUCAGCGCAGGCUUUCUUGUCAAAGAAUACGCGAUAUAUGCCAAGCAUAGUGGUAUACCCGAAGUCAAGACGGUCUUAGGGGGCUUCGUUAUUCGCCGCUUCCUUGGCGGCUGGACUCUGGUCACAAAGUCACUGGGUCUGUGCCUAGCUGUUGCGUCGGGUAUGUGGCUAGGCAAAGAAGGCCCGCUAGUACAUGUAGCAUGCUGUUGCGCCAAUUUAUUCAUUAAAGCAUUUCCGAAUAUCAACGGCAAUGAAGCCAGAAAACGGGCAGUUCUCUCAGCUGCCGCCUCAUCUGGGAUAUCCGUUGCCUUCGGUUCACCCAUCGGAGGCGUCUUAUUUAGUCUCGAAUCACUUUCAUACUAUUUUCCGGACAAAACUAUGUGGCAGAGCUUCGUAUGCGCUAUGACUGCCGCCGGAAUACUUCAAGCCUUGGACCCUUUCCGGUCCGGUCAGCUUGUGUUGUACCAAGUCGAAUUCUCUACAGAGUGGCACGGGUUUGAAAUAAUACCUUUCGCCAUGCUAGGAAUAUUAGGUGGGAUUUACGGCGGCCUUUUUAUCAAGGCCAAUAUGCGCGUAGCGCAGUGGAAGAAAUCAACACCCUGGCUCCCGGGACCCUUGGUUCAAGUUGCCAUCAUCGCCUUUCUUACCGCCCUCAUCAACUAUCCAAACUUCUACAUGCGAGCCCAGGCUUCCGAACUGGUCUCCUCACUUUUCACCGACUGCCGUCUCGUGCUAGAUGACCCUUUUGCACUAUGCAAAACAGGCGCAGCUUCUGCUAGUACUAUUGUACUGUUAAUAUUCGCCUCUAUCCUAGGCUUCUUCCUCGCUGCCGUCACGUUCGGCCUACAGAUCCCGGCGGGAAUUAUUCUCCCUUCCAUGGCAAUUGGAGCAUUAUUUGGGCGUGCUGUCGGUAUUAUCAUGGAAAUCUGGCAGCACAACCAUCCCAAUUUCUUCAUAUUUAACACGUGUGAUCCAGAUGUGCCAUGUGUCACGCCGGGUGUCUACGCUAUGAUCGGGGCUGCCGCGACAUUAGCUGGCGUCACACGUCUCACUGUUUCCAUUGUCGUUAUCAUGUUCGAGCUCACGGGCGCCCUCACUUACGUUCUGCCCAUUAUGAUCGCCGUGAUGUUGUCGAAGUGGGUCGGCGACGCCUUCUCACGGCGAGGUAUCUACGAGUCGUGGAUCCAUUUCAACGGGUAUCCGUUCCUCGACUCCGGAGACGAAGGCGGUGGCGCGCAACAUGUUCCCGAUAUCACUGCAAGUCAGAUAAUGACGCAGAUAGAGGAUCUCGUAGUCCUUACCGCUACAGGGCACACCAUAGCCUCGCUCCGCACAGUCCUGGACUCCUGCGUUUACCGCGGAUUCCCCGUCAUAAGCGAUGCCCGCGACGCCGUGCUCCUAGGCUACAUAUCGCGAUCCGAGCUCGCCUACAACCUCGCGGCUUGCCACCUGCCGCCCGAAACCGAGGCCUUCUUCAGCCACCAGCCCCUCGCGGACCCGCGCUCGACCCUCGACUUGCGCCCGUGGAUGGACCAGACGCCCCUUACGCUACCCAGCCGCAGCUCCCUGCACCUUGCCGUCUCAUAUUUCCAGAAGCUCGGCGUCCGCUACGUGCUGUUCAGCGACCGCGGCGUGCUGCAAGGUCUACUGACUAAGAAAGACUGCUGGUACGUCCUCAACGGCGUCGAGGAGACGCGGCGGACCGCCACUGCCAGUGGUGCAGAUGGCUCCAGAGGCGUAAGCAUCCUAGCUAGCAACGGCGACGACGCCGAACAGAACGAUCUCCUCACCGGGAGUCGCAAUAGAUUCCCCGAGUCCCCGAACGACGACCGAGCGAGUAGCAUAUUAUAAAGUCCCUAAUUCAAGGGUGGGCUGGCUGUAUAGUUAUUGUUGUACAUAUCUAUUUGUGUUUGGGAUAGAUCUUGGCAGGGCGUCGGGGAAGAACAACAUAUUCUAUUUUUCUAUUGAAACGCGAUAAUGCUACCUACCAGCCGACAUGCUGACAUCGUGUUAUUUGCUUUUCGUAUCGAUCAGUCACAUGAGACAUGUCGCUUUUCCUUAUUCGGUUUGUGUAUUUCACGUGCGUAAACAUUAGACUCGAUGUCUUUCUUAUACGGGUUGUCGAGUUAGCAGUCCAGGGAGAAUAGAAGCUAGAACAGGGAGCCGGGGAAAUUCGUUGAUAAGCAUGCACCGAUGCCUAUUGUCGACAGAAGGACUUUGGCAUUACACGUAUCGCUCUAAAGCUUUUCAGCGCCGGAUCAUACGAGAUUCUCAUAGCUUGUGUCGCAUCGUGCACAGUCAUAGUAGAAACGUUUCGCUCUUAGGCGAUUUCCAUGCCAUAAUCAAGAGAAAGGGCUU